AUGAAAAGGAAGCAUGGUUCAUGCAAAAAGAAAUAACCGAGGCAUUUAAAAUAGUCAUCAGAGUAUUAAUUAGCUUUAGAGAGAGGGGUUAUUGGUUUACCAGAUCCAGAGAUUUUGAAAAUCUAUGCAAGUAAAAUAAAAAACGAAAAUUCUAGAUAUCCUAGUGAGUUUAGAGAAAACACUCAUAAUGAGGAAAAUGAAUAAUUAAGUAUGUUGAAUAGUCAAGCAAUACUGAAACAGAAUGAUAAUGUCGGCCCACCAUAAAUUGAUUAAGAGAGCGUUUAAUAUCAAUAUAAACAUAAUGAUAGCAUGCCUCCGGCACUCUAGAUUAUGAUUCCAGCUCAAAACUAAUGA